AUAUAUAAUUUUUAUUGCAUGAAAGUAGUCUGUUUAAAGAAUGCGUAGUCUCUGGAUUCUUCGUUAAAGAGAAGAAAAUUUGCAGCUGUUUUUGGCUGGAAACCUUGUAAUUGAGGAUGCUUUUAUGUAAAUGACCAUGUUAUUUACUGAUGUAUUGAGUAGCCAACACUACAGCCACUUUUCCCUUCAAAUUAAAAUGUGUUCAACGGUGUUUGUCCGAUGAUACAAAGUGAAUCAAGCUUUUAUUUUGUAAAGACUUCCGGUGUGUUCAUAUUGUCUUUUUUGUAACUUUAUGUCUCUGUGUGGGAAAUAAAACCUGUGUUGUAGCUAGCCCCCCAGAACCCGUCCCAGCUGUUGCCUGUCCUCGAGUAUGAGAGCGUGGCACCCGGUCUCAGACAAUCCGAGCCGCCCAUUUCUGAUAUAGACUGAGAAAUGUUAGAGUAAACCUCGCAUCAAGGCUAAUGUCUGACUGCAUUCCUUAUCUUAAUUAGCCGCAGUGAAGGAAGGAGGUGGGGAUGGCCGCAGACGUGGAUAAAAGCCCAGAGGAGGAUGGCAGCAGCAGAAAUCCUGUGCGAAAUGGAGCCGCUCGCCCGGGGACAAGUUCUGUGUGGUGGGUCCGGAGAGGAAUGUGGCUUCUGAUCCUUGUUGGAGCUGCGCCUCUUCUCGCUUUUGGGGUCAAGUACUACCAGGAUGCCCAGCUUCUGAGACGUCAUGAGCAGAGUCUGCAUGUCCUGGGAGCAGAGGGACUAUUCCUCUUCUCCUCUUUGGACACAGACCAUGACUACUAUCUCAGUCCAGAGGAGUUCAAGCCUAUUGUGGAGAAACUAACUGGAAUUACACCCCCCAUGGAAGUGGACGAAGAAAUCAUACACGACCCCAAUGGAGAGACUUUGACAUUGGUGGCAAAAAUGCAGCCUCUCCAGCUGGACUCUAUGACAAAGAGCAAGGAUGGUUUCCUUGGGGUUUCUCACAGCUCUCUGAGUGGUCUGCGCUCUUGGACAUCUCCAGCAGUGCCCUCCUCCACCCUCUCGGCCAGCCAGUUCAGAGUCUUCUUGCCUCCAAAGAACAAAGUGGAUGUGGGAGCCACAUGGUGGGUGAUUGCAAGUGAACUAAACAUUUUUACUGGUUACCUGCCAAACAAUCGCUACCACCCUCCCACUCCAAAGGGCAAAGAGGUUCUCAUUCACUCCCUGUUGAGUAUGUUUCACCCUCGGCCUUUUAUCAAAUCUCGGUUUGCUCCUCAGGGCACUGUGGCUUGCAUUCGUGCGAGCAAUGACUUCUAUUUUGAUAUUUCCUUUAGGAUUCAUGCAGAGUUCCAGCUGAAUGAAGUACCAAACUUUCCCUUCUGGUUCACUCCAGGGCAGUUCACUGGUAACAUUGUGCUCUCCAAAGAUGGCUCUCAUGUUCGCCACUUCCACCUUUAUGUCCCUAAUAACAGGUCUCUAAAUGUGGACAUGGAGUGGCUGUAUGGCGCCAGUGAAAGUAGCAACAUGGAAGUGGACAUAGGAUACCUCCCACAGAUGGAGUUGCUGUCCACUGGCCCGUCCACUCCCUCUGUCAUUUUUGAUGAGGAAGGUAAUGUUAUUGACAGUAAAGGGAGCAACCUGGAUCCAAUCCAGUUUGUCUUUGAGGACAUCAUCUGGACCUCAGAGAUCAGUCAUCAAGAAGCUCUUCACCGCAUGGAGGUCACUUAUUAUCCAUUCAAGAAGGUGGAUUACCUGCCUUUCUCAAAAGCUUUUGAAAGAGCAGAAGCAGAGAACAAACUUGUGCAUUCCAUUUUACUGUGGGGGGCACUAGAUGACCAGUCAUGCUGAGGUUCAGGGCGAACUCUCCGGGAGACAGUCCUGGAAAGUUCGCCCGUUCUGGCCCUCCUCAACCAGAGCUUCAUUAGCAGCUGGUCACUAGUCAAAGAACUAGAGGACAUGCAGGCUGAUGAAAAGAACCCUGUGCUGAGUGAAAAGGCCCGCCUACACUUGGAGAACUAUAACUUUCCUGUGGAGAUGAUGGUGGCACUGCCUAAUGGGACCAUUGUUCACCAUAUUAAUGCUAACUACUUCUUGGAUCAGACUGCCAUGAAACCAGAGGAGGAGGGAGCCACUUUCAGCUUCACUGGGAGCUUCGAGGACCCCUCCACAUCAACUUAUCUUGGCUUUCUGAAGGAGGGCUUGGAGAAGGCAAAGCCGUACCUGACAGAAUAAUAUGUUACUGAGACUCAACUGUUGGAUUUACCAAAUCUUUAACAUUGUUGAUACUAUUUAUUUAUUUGUUUAAAUGUUGCAGUGACCUAAAAGGGAACUAUAUAACAUGUUUGUACAAGCACAGGCACUCUUCACCAGUGGAGUUCAGUGGCUUUAGGCUCCCACAGAGAUGAGGCUAGUUGUCUCUAGUUGUUGUUCAGUAUUUGUGAAGGAUUUGCCUCAAAGCUCCCUCUAGACUGGGCAAGGCCUGAUGUUAUUACUGAGGCAGCUUUAGGGAACACCCAUCUUUAUCUCCGGGGAUGUAAACACCGUACAGACUACACUGUUGCACAUGAAAUCAUUACAUUUUUGUACUUUGUAUUAAAAAACAAGUAAAUGAUGGUAACUAUAUAAACAGUCAAAAUAUUUCAUAACAUAAA